AUGGAGCCGAAAACUUGGCCCCCGGGCACGUCAAGUGCGCCUCGGAGGACCUCACGGGUAGCUCGAACGCGCCUGCUGCAAGCCGUGUUUCUACUCACCUUAGCUGCGGCUCUCUCAGUCACUUUUUCUGGGUUGUCUGCGUCCAUAUACCACCGCUCUUCUGGAGUGCAACAGAGCAUCCUGGCUGCAGCGGUACAGGACCGGUGGAAGGAUGACAUCUGGCCCAUACGUGAGCAGACUCCUUGGGACAUAUCCACCGACUACCCCUUCCCGCGCAAGCUCGAACUGGACGUGCACCCCAAGACCGGUGAGGUUGUCUUCGACAUGCUGGGCGACAUCUACUGCCUACCUGCCGAUACCUACGCACACUCUCGACUUGCCUCUUCCGCUGUCUCGAAAGCCCGUCCUAUUCUACUGGGAGUGCCGCAUGACUCCGACCCUCACUUCUCGCCCGAAGGCCGCAGCAUAGUCUUCAGGAGCGAUGCCGGGCUGGGAGUUGAGAACCUAUGGAACAUGGACGUCCGAUCCGAGAAUGCAAGGGCGGAACUACUCAGCGCACUAGAGGUCAUGGAGGAUGAGGAAGCGCUCCUCGCAAGUGGUGUGAAGGAGACUAAGGAGAGGAGACUCAGGAGACUCCUUCGUGAGGGUCGACUGAACGCCCAGCGCGUUACGAACGAAACCUUCCGGUGGGUAUCCGACGCGAGAUUCCAUCCCUCGGGAAACAAUCUUGGUGCUGGUGAAGGUUGGGAGUACGAUGUACCCAGUAUUGGCAAGUCUGGAUCUAUCGACGCCGGGGACGGCAAACGGCUAGUCGGGCGCACACUGCCGCUGGGCUGGACCCCCGAGCAAUAUGGUGACCAACAGAUUGGCCCAGAGCAAUUCAUAUGGAGAGGCAAUGACACCUUGAUCUACUCCAAAAACGUUGCCGAGGACGGCGCAUUCUCGUAUAGCAAGAACGUCCACGCCGGUAUCUAUGCCAUCUUCUCGACGAACCUCACAUCCAAAGAGACGACGACGUUGGUGGGGCGAUACCCAGGUGGCGCCAGUAGGCCCGAGCUUUCUCGAGACGGACGGACGCUUGCAUUCGUGCGCCGAGUACGGGAGAAAGAAGCGCUAGUGCUCCUUGAUCUCGAGUCGGGUACGAUUCACCAUGUCUGGGAUGGACUGACCUACGACUUGAGCACAGUCUCCGCGCCUAUGGGCACCUAUCCAUCGUACGCGUUCUCGCCCACUGACGAUGCAGUCAUCAUAUGGGCUGCAGGGCAGAUCUAUCACGUUCCACUGAAGGUGAACGCGUUCGGGGAAAAGGUCGCUGGCGGCGAGCCGACUCCCAUCCGCUUCACCGCACACAUCGAGAAGCGCCUCGCAGAGACGGUGACCGCCGAUGCCGAUAUAGCCGCUCUGGAGACGCAGGCAACGCAGAGGGUGCACGCGUUCACAGAGUUGCGCGUGGACACAACUGGCGAACUUGCUGUCUUCCAGGGCUCCGGCGCGACGUACGUGCAGCACGUCGGCGAAGGCGCUCCUCGAGCAGAGCGAGUUCCCGCCCUAUACCCCGACGCGCCAUACUACUCGCCAGCAUUCGUCGUGAACGCUGAGGAAUUGGUCAUCCACACUCGCUGGUCCGACACGAACUUCUCCACGAUCGAGAUAGCGAACCUGACCUCGGGCGAGGCGUACGAGCUGACUGGGCUGCCUCUCGGACGAUACUACUCCCCAAUCCUAUGCGAGUGCCUUUACGCUGGGAGACAGCUUGCGUUCGUCAAGACGGGCGGUGACUACCUCACUGGCGACAUCGUCGCGACCGCUGGGCCCGGUCUCUAUCUCGGUUCGAUCACGCUGCCCACCCCAGGCCAGGACAGCACCUCGAUCGAAGUGAAGAACCUGCAUUUCGUGGAGACCGAAAUCGACACGGGCGCGCUCCUCAAGACGCAGAUCCGCUUCUUGGAGCGCAACACGAAGCUGCUCGUCCAGGCACCCCGCCGCUCGUUUGUCAUCGACCUCGCCGCAGGCCCGGAUGAGUAUGGGAAAUACAAGCACGAGACUCUGGCAACGGGGCGGAUGUCGACGGAGCUCGUCGCGUUCCCAGAGAUCUCAGCGUCAGUGAAGGCGAAGUCUCUUGCGUUCAUUGACUUCUAUCACGUCUACUACGUGCCCGAGGUGAACAUGGAUGAACCUGUCUGGAGCAAGCCGGCCAACGCGACGAAGGGUCUCAUGCGACUGAGCGUCGACGGAGGACAUGAUAUUACCUGGAGUCGAGACGGCAAGAAGUUGUUCUGGUUCCUCGGCCCCUACUUGCAUUGGGUAGAUGUGGCAGACUUGAAGUCGUGCUCAUCGGCCACGAAGCGAGACGCACUCACCUUCGGCGUCGCUUGCACAAGGAACCUACCACACUUCCAGGAAGUGGUCGUGGACUACCCGUCUGACAUCCGGCGACUUAAGGCAGAGGCCGCGGCUUCCAUCGCUCACGAGGACGCGGCGGCCCUCGCUAACGCAGAUCUCUUCGUGAUAGCAAAUGCUACUCUGCUGACUAUGGAGACAGGCGACCUGCGCGCAGACGUCCUGGAGGAUGCCAUUCUCGUGACGCGGGGCGGACAGAUAGAGGCUAUCGUGGGCACACAGGACGCUGUAAUCCCCUAUGGUGCUUCUGUGCUCAAUGCCGAAGGAGCCUUCAUUGUACCCGGUUUCAUCGACGUCCAUGCGCACUGGAACGGGUUCGAUACGCUAUACCCCGCGCGCUCCUGGGAGAUGGAGACCUUCCUCGCGUAUGGUGUGACGACCCUGCACAACCCUAGUGCAGACAAUGUGCUCGGUUUCGCGGAACGCUUCAGACUGGAGCGUGGACAAAUGGUCGGGCCUCGUAUCUUCCAAGUCGGCGGCGUGAUCUAUGGUGCAGCGGCAGAGGAGCUACACCAGGAGAUCGUCGAUAUGGACGAAGCACGUUCUGCGCUCAUCAGGAUCAAGGCUGAGGGAGGCCCGGCUAGUUCUCCUACAAGAACUACAACUUGCCUUCUCGGUAAGCCUGAUAGGUUGCUGACAGCCGCCCGGGAGCUCAACAUGCUGUGUGUCCCUGAGGGAGGAAUGAAUUACGAAUGGGACCUAACCUACAUCCUUGAUGGCAUGACGACUAUUGAACAUCCGCUGCCCAUACCCGUCCUCUAUGAUGAUGUUUUGACAUUGUAUGCGUUGAGCGGCACUGGCUCUACUCCUACGCAUCUGGUCAACUACGGAGGCGUCAUGGGCGAACAAUAUAUCUGGCCACGGAAGACCUACCCAAUGACCCUAAGUAUACUACGACGCUUCACAAGGCAUGACAUACUGGAAGGCCGUCUCUACGCACUUUUCAACACGUCGAUAUCCACGGCGAAGAUGGUCCACAAAGGUCUUCGCGCUCACAUCGGUGCACACGGAGAGCCCCCGCUUGGUUUCAACUACCACGCCGAGAUGUUCUUCACUCAGCAGGGCGGACUGACGAACUACGAGGUCAUCCGUGCAGCGACAUCAGACGCAGCAACCACGCUCGGAAUCUAUCCGUCGCUGGGUUCGCUCACGCCUGGGAAGCUCGCUGACUUCGUUGUGUACAAACCGGGUGUUGACCUCCUGGAGGGUGACAUCAGCGGCACUCGGGAGAUCCGUUGGGUCGCAAGAGGCGGAAGGCUCUGGGAUGCGGAGUCUAUGGAGGAGGUUUGGCCGGUUGCAGGUAGGAAAGGCGCUAUGCCACCUCUCAAUCCGUAG